ACCAGUGUUGUGUCGGAGACUGUCUGCUCCGGUCCAGCUAACAAUAGCCGACUAACCCGCUUGGCUCCGAAGCUGGACGGAUUUCAGCAAUAACAAUGUUUUAUUUUUAAGACCCCUGAUAACGUUAAAAACUAAAAACAAAACGCUGGAUGGUAACAAGGAAGACAUAUCUGGAACGGGAAGCCGUCAAUGUGAAGAAAGAGGAUCCAUGGCAAAGUGGCUGAAGGACUACCUAAACUUUGGCACCAGGCGUGACCCUCCACAGCCCCCGAGGCCGGAUUAUAGUGAGAGUGAGAUUUUGAGGGCCUACAGAGCUCAGAAGGAGUUAGAUUUUGAAGACCCGUACCAGCACUCUGAUAAGGAGCAUCAGAAUGGCGGUUUCAGCCCCUGUAGUGCCACAGUGAGCCUUCCCUCUUUCCCCGCAUUUGGUUCAGUGCUGCCUAAUGGUGUGGAGGUCAAAGUGGUGUCUCCCAAGCACAGACUAAUUAAAGUGGACUCUCAGGAGUUUGGCCGCUGUAAAGUCCCCCUGAGUCCUGUGACUGUUCAAGAGGAACCUGUGGUUCCCUCUGCCCCAGCAGCGUCAGACUCUGACACAGACUACUCUGACCCAUUUGAUGUCCGACCAGACCCCAGAAGCAGACCAAACUGGGAGCCAAAAUCUGCACCAACAGACUGCUGCAGCUACAUGGAGCCAUUCGAGGCCCAAAGGAUUAUCUCAGUUCAGUUCGAAGGGGCAGAAAGGGAGCGCUCGCGAGCUCAGACAGAGCAGACCAGGCUCACCAAGACAGGAACUACAUUGACCACAGCUGACUCAAGCACUCUCCGUCUGGUCGGUGACACUCCUCCUCUCCUGGGAGAGAGAGUGGAUCCAUCUAUGCCGCUGGAGAGACAAGUGUGGUACCAUGGAACGCUGAGCCGCUCGGAGGCAGAGACUCUACUGACUCUGUGCAAGGAGAGCUCGUACCUGGUGAGGAACAGCCAGACCUGCAGAAACGACUACUCGCUCUCACUCAGGAGUUGUAAGGGCUUCAUGCACAUGAAGUUCGCUCAGUCUGCAGAUGGGCGAUUCGUACUCGGAGAGAACAGCCCUCCCUUCUCCACCAUCCCCGAGGUCAUCCACUACUACACUACACACAAGCUGCCGAUCAGAGGAGCUGAGCAUAUGUCCCUACUGUAUCCUGUCAUAGUGCAGACCCUCUGACACUAACACACUCACAUAUGCUUUCUCUUGGUGCUACUGAAUACAAUAUAUACUCUAUAUUUACCUAUUUCUGCCCCUUUGCUUUCUUACAUGCCUUUCCACUUCCAUUCUACUGCACAAGAGAUUGGACUGUCUGGUGCCAUCUUUUCCAUUGACCAUAACCCCAGUAACUACACUGGCAACUUAAUAAGAGAGCUCAAUGGCUCAUGAAUAUACGCCUGUGAACUGGUUUUAUCACUGAAAUCCCUGUAUUUUAAUACCAUGGACUCCUAAGAACCAGCAAUCAUUGAUAUUAAGAUUGGUGGAGUACUUUUAGGUAUAAAAAAAACUCUUGAGAUGUCUUGAGACAGUAGAAUCUACAAACUAUUGCAUGGAGAUGUCUCUUACUGUAUUGCAGAGAUAGACUUUACUGUCAGGUCACUUAAAGGAUAAUAGUGGUGUUUUCUUUUGUGCCAAUAAUCUAGGUUGGCUUUCCAACCAACACAGUUAUUUUGUUGUGAAUUUUAUGUUUUAAAGUGACAAACAAAAAUCUAACAAAAGGAUGGAUUUGAGGCGUGGGGAUUAAAACUAGAUGUAGGCGGUAUAAAAUGCAGUUGUUUUUUUUGUUUUUUUAAAGUGCUGUAAUUGCAAACAAUACUGUUAUUAUCCUUUAAGUGUUACAAUAUCAACCAAACACUACAUAUUUAACCCGGGUCGGCUCUGGGUUUCUCUAUGUGUUUCAGAGGCCUGUGAAUGUUAUUUGAUGCUGUAGCUGUGUGCCCUGCAGUGUCUUCCUCAGUUCAUAUUAUGUGUGAACCACAACAACAAAGUGACAACAUAAUGUCAAACAGACUUGUUAACUUCACACAGUAACAGACUUCUGCAAUACUAGUUUAAAGAAUAGUAACUACAGUAUUAUAUUGAAAGCUUGUGGCUUUGGUAGGUUAUUUACUGUUAUUUGCUGUUUUAUAAGAUUUUAAAUGUUGAAAAUAAAGGUGUCAUCUGUUUUUAAA